AGAGCAAACAUGGCUGGCAGUGUGCGGAGACCAGAGCAAACGGGACCUCCCGAAUUGUUUUAUAAUGAAACCGAGGCAAGAAAAUAUACGCAGAACUCCCGUAUGAUUGAAAUUCAGACACAGAUGUCUGAACGUGCAGUGGAACUCCUGAGUUUACCUGAAGAUCAGCCUUGCUUUCUUCUGGAUGUGGGAUGUGGAUCUGGUCUGAGUGGAGAUUACAUCUCUGAACAGGGACAUCACUGGGUUGGAAUCGAUAUCAGCUCUGCCAUGUUAGAUGUGGCAUUAGAACGUGAAGUGGAAGGAGAUUUAAUUUGUGGGGAUAUGGGCCAGGGAAUUCCCUUCCGCCCUGGAACUUUUGAUGGCUGUAUCAGUAUCUCAGCUCUGCAGUGGCUUUGUAAUGCUGAUAAGAAGACUCACAGUCCACCCCGACGUCUUUAUUGCUUCUUCUCCAUGCUGUAUUCUGCUCUGGCUCGUGGCUCCCGUGCUGUUUUUCAGUUGUAUCCAGAAAAUGCACAACAGCUGGAAUUGGUGACAGCUCAGGCAAUGAGGGCCGGCUUUACUGGAGGAAUGGUUGUUGAUUAUCCCAACAGUGCCAAAGCUAAGAAAUUCUUCCUUUGCCUGUUUGCUGGGGUAUCAGGAGUCUUACCGAAGGGCCUGGGCACAGAAUCAGCAGAACAGGAGUCAUCUCGUCAUGUUGCUUUUACAAACCAGAGGAUGAGGUUCAAGCUAACACGAGGGAAAUCUGCGAAGAAAAGCAAAGACUGGAUCCUUGAGAAAAAGGAAAGGCGUAGAAGACAAGGAAAGGAAGUUCGUGCUGACACCAAAUUCAGUGGGCGGAAGAGAAGACCGCACUUCUAAUGAACAUUGUGCCAGUCUUCAUGAAGGAAGACGAAUAUUGCUGUGUCCUAAGGGAAAUACUGUGACUUUUACUUUUUCUACAAAGCACAGACUUUCCUGCCUUCCUCACUUUGGAUGGAAUUCCAAUGUGUGUUGAGCAAGUUACACGUGUGUGGAGUGACUUUCUGUGCGCUUUCAGGAACUUGCCAUUUAGUACAAAAACUAAUUUCCAAACUCUUAUUAAGAGAUUUUAAGACAAUAAAAUAGCAUGUUGUAGUCUUCCAAUAUCUUGAUUGACAGUGUGCAGUAGUGCAGUUGUCCUUGCGCUGCUAUUGCUAUUUCGACGGUGAGCGGAAAUCGCCCCUUGCACUUGCAGGCCACUUCUGCAGCAUUCUGUUUUCCUUGGGCAGUUGAAAGGCAAACGAUCUGUAUCAUCAAAAAAUAAACUCUGUGAUUCUGCCUGAAAA